ACGCCCCCCGGCCAAUGGCGCCGCGGGAGGGCCGCCGGUCACGCGCCGCUCGCGCCUGCGGAACUGCGGUUGCGGCUGCGAGCGGGCUCCGGGGCUGUUGCCGCUGAAUGAGCAGGAAGGGUGAGGCCCGCGCUGGACCCGGGGGUUGGGGCCCGAGGCUCCAGAGCAAGGCAGCCGCGGAAACGCAGCCUCCCGUCUCCUGGUCGGGACGCGAGAAGAGGCAGGUUUCCGGGCAGGUUGAUUUCGAGCCAACAUGUCGGCUUCGGUGAAGGAAAGCCUUCAGCUUCAGCUGCUGGAAAUGGAAAUGCUGUUUUCCAUGUUUCCUAACCAAGGAGAAAUAAAGCUUGAAGAUGUGAAUGCCUUGACGACUAUAAAGCGCUAUUUGGAAGGCACGAGGGAAGCACUACCACCCAAAAUCGAAUUUGUGAUUACGCUGCAGAUUGAGGAGCCUAAGGCGAAAAUUGAUUUGCAAGUAACCAUGCCUCACAGCUACCCCUAUGCAGCCUUGCAGCUGUUUGGACGGUCAGCUGAGCUUGACCGACACCAGCAGCUGCUGCUCAACAAAGGUCUCACUUCCUACAUCGGGACUUUUGACCCAGGUGAGCUCUGUGUGUGCGCAGCGAUCCAGUGGCUCCAGGACAACAGCGCCUCAUAUUUCCUGAACAGAAAGCUCGCGUACGAACCGUCGACACAGGCGAAGCCGGUCAAGAACACGUUCAUCCGGAUGUGGAUCUACAGUCACCAUAUAUAUCAGCAGGACCUAAGGAAGAAGAUUUUGGAGGUGGGGAAAAGGUUGGAUGUGACUGGAUUUUGCAUGACGGGAAAGCCUGGCAUAAUCUGUGUGGAGGGUUUCAAAGAGCACUGUGAGGAGUUCUGGCACACGAUCAGGUACCCCAACUGGAAGCACAUCUCCUGUAAGCAUGCAGAAAGCACUGAGACCGAAGGCGACGGCGAGGACCUGCGCCUCUUCCAUUCAUUUGAAGAACUACUCCUUGAGGCCCAUGGGGACUAUGGAUUAAGGAAUGACUAUCACAUGAACCUGGGCCAGUUCUUAGAAUUUCUCAAAAAACACAAAAGUGAGCAUGUUUUUCAGAUACUAUUUGGCAUUGAGAGCAAAAGCUCAGAUUCUUAGGAAACCAUUGGUGACCUAAACUGUUAUUUCAAUCAGUCAGAGUUUAUGUUAAUACCAAAGGUCACAGGCUGCAUAGAGCAUCCUGGAUGGAAGACCUAGCUUCUGGAUUUUUACCUGGUAAUGAAUUUCAACUGGUAAUGA